CGGAAAUAGGUCUGUUGAACAAGUUCCUGAGUUCCACUGGUUGUCUGCAGUUCUUCGUAAAUAACUUACACAGGAUUUAUUUCAGAUGGAAGCAAAAACAGUUAACGUCUGUCCUGGUGGACAGAUGUUACCUGAUCCAGGUGGACAGAUGGUACCUGGUCCUGCUGAACAGAUGGUACCUGGUCCUGGUGAACAGAUGGUACCUGGUCCUGGUGGCCAGAUGGUAAUUGGUCCUGGUGAACAGAUGGUACCAUCACACCAAGAGCAGGAGGAGAUGGAAGUUACUGUGACAACACAACUAGAGAAUCUGAUUGUGACUGCUGACAGUGCAGACCUGUCAUCAAAUACAUCAACCCUUCCAGAGCAGAAAACUGUCUCCACAGCAGCAGCUGCACUUUCUGUAAACAGUGUGCAUAAGACAGAGGAGAGUGAUGAAGAUGAUGAGUCAGACGGUUCAGACAGCGACAGCUCUACCUCCUCAUCGUCCUCUUCCUCAUCUUCUUCCUCUUCUGCUCCUUCUGCCCCUGUACUUGGGGAUGACGAUGAGGGUUUCAGCCGACCAACUCCCAUUAAAACCAGAGACGAGGUCUUGAUCGAGGAGCUGCCGGCAGUAGAGGAAGUGUGUGUAUCAUUACCAGAGGAUGCAGAACUGCAGCCUGUAGGAACAGUCUGCAGCAUUUUACAGCAGCUUGUGAUCGUCCAGUCUCUGAGAGACACACCUGCUCUAACUGAUGACAGCAUCAUCUUUACAUCUGAUAGGGUGGCUGUUGGCAAGGUGUUUGAGGUGUUUGGUCCAGUCUCCAGUCCACUUUAUGUUCUACGGUUGAACUCAGUGGAACAGGUAAUCAGCAAGGGGCUGAAGGAGGGACUGACUGUUUAUUAUGCACCCGCCAUCAAAGAAUACACAGGAUACGUCCUUACAAGGCAGCUUACUCUUUUUAAGGGUUCUGAUGCAUCUUGGAAGAAUGAUCAAGAACCACCACAAGAGGCUUUAGAUUUCAGUGAUGAUGAGAAAGAGAAGGAGGCAAAGAAGAAAGGGAAAAACCGAAAGAGGCGGGAUAUAAACAAUCCAGGUACCCAGAACACAUUGCAGCAGCAGCAGCACCCCCAGCACCAGCACCCACAGCAGCAGCACCCACAGCAGCAGCACCAGCAGCAGCAGCACCAGCACCAGCAGCAGCAGCAGCCGCGUGACAUCAGGGGUUUCCCACCAAGACAUGCAGGGCUUUCAUUCAGGCACCAGAACCCAAGGAACAAACAGCCACAAUUCAGACAUACACACCCAUCACACAGACACACAGAUGUGCCUCCAAUGUACCUUCCACCCCCCUGCCCUUACCCUCUUCCACCUUCUCACCACUUCCCCCCUCCCAGCUUCCCUCUCUACCCUCCUCCUCCGUCCUUCUUCAAUCCAUCUUUUUCUUCUCCCCACUGGUCACCAAACUCUCUCCCCUUCUCUGACCUCCCUCCUCCUCCACCACCUCCUCCUCCACCUCAGUAAUGCUCUCUGUAUACACUUUUUGCACACAUCAGAAAAAUAUGUCAUGUUUGCAGACUGAAGUGGGACAAAUCACCCUGUAUCAAUCACUGGUGGGCAGUUUAUAUUCAGCUCGUUUUUUUUUAUUCUGCUUUCAAAUAUUUUUUUACAUUUCAGUCAUUUCAUGAUUUCCACAGCUUAAGAUGUGUUCAUUAUCUAACCCCUGGGAGAGCAGCAGAGUUUUUGUGACAUAUUCUAAGUAAAUGUGACAUUACACUUUAGAGACAGUUGGCAAAUGACAGCUCAGAAACACAUAUAUAUACUGUAGUACUGAAGAGGCUCUUUGACGUCAAGCUUCAGUCACAUGUUCUCACCACCAACUACUACUCAAGGCUCAAAAAGCCUCUUAGUUCAACUUUGUGCAGAUAUUUUGAGAAAGUCACGAUAGUUUUUUCUUUAACUCUGUUUUACUGUGUAAAACAAGUUAAAAUAUAAUGUGGAAAAUGCUGAACUUCUCAGUCUGUGGCUUCUCAAUAUAGCUUUAAUGAAUUAUAGGAAAACUGUGCAAAAAGAGCACGUUUCUAGAGAAAAUAAUGAGUUCAUCUUACCCCUGUAUUAUGGAAACAUGAGAAAAUAACUGUUAGAGGCAGUCUGCAACUUUAGGUCCAUAUGUGUGAAUACAGCUAUUCUUAAUGUUCAUGCCAGUCUCAAGUCAAAUCAACUUUAAAAAUGUUUGAAUGAACUGAAAGCGACAUCUCACUCAGUAUUUGUAUUACGCUUAUAUUUACACACCUCAUUUGUUUUUCAUUUGUUUUUAAUUAUGUUUUUGUUUUUCAUUCAUAACAUAGACUUUUUGUUUUGGUUUCUUUGUGAUUUAAAAAAAACAGUUACCCUUGAGUCAAGUGGAACGUUUUUUCUUUAGUCAAGAUGUAAACAAAGGAUACACCUAAAGUUCCACGAAGGGAGGAAUGAUGGUCUGUGUAGUGCAGUCCAGUUCUUUAUAUAUAUUCUGUAUUAACUCUUGAGUCAUUUCAGCUUUCUUUUGUGUUGACAGACUUUACACCUUUUCACAAGGCUGGGCAUGAGCUCUGAAGUCACUUGUUUGAUGGAUUUGUAAUCAUUCUUUGUAAAUUCAACAUUUGGACCAUUUGUAGAACCUCAUCAAAUAAAUGUCUCUCGUGUAAAA